AUGCCAGCAUCAUUCAAGCCCGGUCGAUAUGUGGCCAUCAAAAAGUAUCGAUCGCCGCACGCAAAUGUGAGUAUCAGCAGGCGGGGGGAGCGGCGCAAGCAAGCAAGCGAGCAGGAUGUGCCCUGGUGCAUUCAUCUCUGCGCACUCGCCUCGCACCGGCUCUUUGGACGCUCAAUGCGCUUCCUGCCUUUUUCUCUUUCCACACCCAGGAUCUGUCCUUCUCCAAGGGUGACAUUAUUCAAGUGACUGGCUUGGCACCCAAGGACGAUGAGGAGGAGGAGGAGGAGGAUGAUGAGGAGGAUGUCUGGUUGGUCGGUCAAUCGGAGGAUGGGAGCAAGAGCGGUACUUUCCCAGCUAGGAAUGUCGUGCCAGCGCCAGCAGCGCCAGCAGCAGCAGCAGAAGCAGCAGCAGUGACAGGAGAUGAUGAGGCAGAGGCAGCACAUGCACCGCAAACGCCACAUUCAGCAGCUGCGGAUGACGAUGCGACCGGGAAGGAGGCGCAGAUCAUCCCUCAGCCCGACCUUUCCGCCCAUCGCCCAGACAAGAGCACAGCAGAGCAAUCUGAAGCUGCAACAGCCACUGGUCCAGCUGCGUCAGAUACAGCAAAGCCUGUAGAUGCUGCCUCUCCCCUCAGUCCCUCAUCAGAGUCCAAAGCACAAGCAGCAGCAUCAUCAUCAUCAUCAUCAGCAGCAGCAGCAGCAGCAGCAGCAGCAGCAACUGCCCCCACCACCUCUCCAUCUCUCAAGAGUUCCUCGGCGCCCGAACCUAGCAAGUCUCCCCCACCUCCUGCUCCCAAGCCCGGCGGAUUAGCAGCUCGAAUCGCGGCCUUCAACAAGCCAGCAGAGAACAAUGCGCCUCCCCUACCUAGACCUGCUGGGAAACCUGGUGGAUGGAAGAGACCUCCAGCUGCUCCCGGUGCUCCCAAACCCUUGCUUCCUGGACAGGCUCAACUCGGGUCGUCGUCCAAAGAAGGCGUCGCAAAAAGUAUCGUCGCCGCACCAGCCGCAACCGCUGGCGUCGCUGCUUCCUCUCCUCCCACCCAUUCUCCCACUCCAACCAAUGCCGCCAGUCAGGAAGAGACGAGUGGUUCAGUUGAGCACUCGCAAUUCUCGGCUGCAGAUGCCCAAGCUAGCAUCAAGAUGACGCUCAAGGAACGCAUGGCCGCUUUGCAGCGCGGAGGAGGAGCGGGAGCGGGAGCGGGAGCGGGAGAAGAUGAUUCGAAUGCGAAUCGAGGAGCUCCGCCUCUACCUGCCAACAAACCGGGUCGGCUUGCUGCGGAUAGGAGGAACAUUGCUAUGCAAGGCAUGGGUCUCGCACCGCCCGAACCAGCGCGGGAGAGAAAGGAGAGCGUGGAUACGAUGGGGAGCGCUGGGAGCGCUGUUCUUUCUGAAGGAGUCGGAGAAGGAGAAGCGAUGACUGCUUCGUCUCAAAUUGACGAGGAUGGAACGAAAAAAGAAAUAGCGCGGACGGACGCGACGCUGGGAGAUGCGGAGGUCGACGCUGAUGAUGACGCUUUGGCGGAAGAGGGCAAGACAGAAGAAGAGCAGGAAGCGCAAAGGAGAGCUGCGAUCGCUGCGAGGUUGGCCAAGCUAGGUGGCAGGCGCAUGGGAGGUGGACCGGCAGCUGGAGGAGGAGGCGGCGGCGGCUUGUUUGGCGGGCCUCCCAUGCCGCCUUCUGCCCCCAAACCUCGGUCACCUUCGAGAAGCGCGACGCUCGAUACGCAAGAGGAGGCUCGGUCUGAUCAGGUGGAUGACACGAUCGCAAGCCCUAGCGCAGGUGUGGAGGUGGCUUCGCACAAGGAGGAAGCGAUCACUGCCGACGAUGCAACAGUCAGGCCCGACGACGAUAAUCAAGACCUUGCUCCUCCAAAGACUUUGGCCGUGCCCAGAAGAGCUGCCCCGCCAAGACGAAAGAGAUCCGCCGUCAAGGAGGCCAAGGCUGGUUCGGCCGAUGCUACUGUCGAGCCCGUGUCUGGUGCGUCACCUGUCGACGCCGAGACGAACGCUGAAGCGGCUGCUUCUACGGCGCCGUCUUUAGAUCUCGCCACCGAGAAUGUGGAUGCUCUCGCUGCAUUAGACACGAGCGUGUCGGGUGCAGACAAGGCAGCAGAAGGAGCAGACGGGUACAGCGCCUCGCCGCUUUCCGGCACGGCACCGAGUGGGGCCGAUCUGCUGGGCGUACCUCGUUCCGAAACUGAUGAGCGCAGACGCGGAUCGGCAGAUACGAUCGGUACGACGAAGAGCGAGAUGGAGCUGAGAGCUCAAGCAGAGGCGCUGGAUAGAUUCGUGGCUGAGCGAAGAGAGACGGACGAUUCGGUCCAGGCGCUAGAGGAAGUGAAGCGCGCUGAAGUUGUGGAAGAGGAUGUGGAAGAGGCAAGAGGUGAAGGAGCAAAUGGGAGCAGACAUCAAGCGCAAAAUGAUCAGGAGGCUCUGAAAGCGGCUGUUCCCACCGAGACGGGAUUCGAACCCUUGCCUGCUCCAUCAUCGUCCAGUCGACCACCCAGUACGCGUCCGCCAAUCCCUCGGUCGUCCUUACCUCCGCCACCUCGAAGCGCUGCGCCGCCCAACGAGGAUAUAGAGGAGCCGAUAGCGCAGGCGCGCUCACCUCCACCUACCCGCGCUCCUCCCACGCGUCAAGAUUCCAUCUCCUCGCGCGCAGAAAAGGAAGACAAACGGGCGUCCAUCGUGCCUCCUAUACCCAAAAGCCCUCCUCCUGCUGCCCCGAGCGACGCUGACAGUUUGGAACAGCUAGAGGGACACGAAAGACGCAUGUCGCUCGACGCUACCGUUGCUAGCUUGUCUUCUGACAAGACACCUUCUCAGACUUUGCCCCUCGCUGCGCCCAGGGCUAGACAUGGCAUUGUGCAAGAAGAGUCGGACGAAGAAGAGGAACGGGGAGGCGAUGAGGGGAAUGACGAACCGCAGACUCGGCCUGGCGAGAGGCGCAGCGAAGAGCGGGGAGCUGUGGAUGAGCCUAAAGAGGAGCAGCAGGAACUCUCGGAAGAACAGCAAGAAGCGCAGAGGAGAGCGGCAAUUGCUAGACGUAUGGCUGCGCUUGGAGGACAGAGGAUGGGCGGAAUGCCACCCAUCAUGGGCGCUCCCAUGCCACCUCGUAGAAAGGCUAGCGAGGCAGAGGUAACAUCUGCGCCACCCGAAGGGGUCAGCGAAGCAGAGCGAGCAGAAAACAUCGAUGCUCCUCGCUCGAGCGGCAUUCCAAGAGGUGGUGUGGCUAUACCAGGCAUGGGUUUCGCUCCACCGCCCGCCUCGUCCAAGACGACGCAGGAAGACGUGGAUGAACCUUCUCGAUUGGCUAGUCCUCCUCCUCGACCCGCCUCCAAGCCGCCUCCCAUGCCUACAUCUCCCCCACUCAAUCCGCGCUCUCCAGCUCCUCCCUCACGCACUGCCCCUAGUCCUGCUCCGCCUAGUCGGACCGCACCAUCGCCAGCUCCUGAUGGCGCUUCUAUUGGCAGGAGAGCGUCCAUCAGACCACCUGUCCCUACGGGUCUGCAUUCGCGCGCAACCUCCGAAGCGACGCCGGAAGCAGAGGAAGAGACGGAGGAGAGGGAUGCGCAAGACGAAAAUGUGCCGCAGGUCGAUCAUGCAGGAGUGCCUUUGCACUCUUCGCCGCAGGCGCAAAAUCUGCAUGCUCGAUCGCCGUCCGUGGGCGCGUCCAUCUCUGCAUCUGCCGCUAGUGCUAGUCUUUCUUCUUCUUCUUCUUCUCCUCCUCCUCCUGCUCCUCGUUCUUCCCUCCCACCAACACCUCACGAGCCGCGCCAGUCCGUCUCUUUAUCUCGACCUGCUCAAGCUCCUCAGCAUGAUCGUCUUUCGAGCAGCGUGGUGAGAGGAUCUUCGAGGGAUUUGGACCUGCUCCUCGAUGGCAGAUGGUGGAGACGAGGCGCGGAUCCGCUUCAGCUUCCGCCCACGCUCACUCAAAGACCGGAUGUGGCUCUGAGCGUGCAGAUGUUGCAGACGGAGCAGGCAGGCGAGAGGAGGGCUCAGAUAGAAGUCAGAUUCGAGGAUGCGAGCCGGACGAUGAUACGCUUGGAAUGGUUCGAUGAGGAUGCGCAAGAGGAAAGGACGCAAGUGGAGCAGUCUCACAACUUUCCCCCUCCGCCUCCCACCUCGACGCAAAUGCAGCAGUGGAGCGCGACGAUUGGUGCGGCUUUGGGUGAGUCAGGGCGGUAGGACGAAUUUGUGCCUGCGUACAUUUUGGAUUGAUUGCUCAUGCAUCAUGCCUCCUCUGGCCCCAUUGAACUCUUGAAGCUCAUCACGCAUCAGCAGCCGCCAACGCCAAGGCGGCUCCCAUUCCACGCGGAGGCGCACGGGGCUUUAUCAAUUCACUAAUCCAGCUCAUUCCUGAUGCUCUUCCACCCGCCGGCUCCUCGUUUGGUAUCUCGCUGCUGGCGCUCGCAGGCGCGACGGUGCUUGAUCGAGGUGCGGACGCACCGCGAGCAGGGGACGUGAUUGCGUUGUGGGGAGCGGAUCUGAAGGGCAAGCGCGGAUUGGCCUCUUACCACGUUACGUACGGCACGACGCAAGAUCCUGCUCUGGCCGUCAUCGUCGACCCUGGCAGUGCCGACGACAAGAAGAACAAGAUGAGAGCGGUGAUUCAAAUCUCUGCGACGACGACGACGACGAAUGUCUCGGCUAAGGAUAAGCUCAAAGGUCCGGAAGAGGUCAGUAUUCGAUUGGACGACCUCAAAAGCGGUGUGCUCAAGAUCUUUAGGGUACCUUCGAGAGCGUGGAUCGACAGCGCAUGA